GCAGCAGUUCUUCGUUAGACCGGAGCAGGGAUGGCCAGUGUCGGGACGUCUACUCUGUUUUUUCCCCUCAAAAACUCCCUCCAUUAUAAGUAAAAUGUAUUAAACUCUUUGUUUUUAGCUCCGUAUUUGCUUCCCGCUGUUUCCAGAAAACUAAUGAGUCGAGGAGAAGCCGUAAAAGAGAGGCAGCGGAGUAGCGGUCCUCCUCCCCGUCAGCUCCCGAUACUUUGUGCUGUGAGCGCUUCCAGCGAGCAAGAGACUAAAAAGCUGCCAAUGACUUCAUGAGCGGCGGCCAUGGCAGCCCAUCGAAUCGUUCGAGUGAACAACAAUCACAUCCUCCCUCGCUGUAAGUCUGAGGGGACGCUCAUCGACCUAAGUGAAGGCACAGCCGGGGCCAGCCUCAAUGAUGUGAAAGUGCCUUCUCCCAGUGCCUUAAAGCUCGACACUCAAGACUCGCUUGGAGCUGCGCAGGAAGUGGUCGCUAUUAAGGAUUACUGCCCAAGCAGCUUCACCACGCUGAAGUUCUCCAAAGGUGAUCGCCUCUUUGUGCUGGACACGUCAGGCGGGGAGUGGUGGUACGCCCACAACAACACAGAGAUGGGAUACAUUCCGGCCGCUUACGUCACACCGGUCAACUUCAGGAACUCUUCGCUGAGCGACAGUGGGAUGAUCGACAGCCUCGGGGAAGGAUAUGAGGAUGGGGGAAAGGAGUUUGGAGGUCUUGGGGAGUGGAUGGGGAUGAGCCUGAAGCCCUCCACCAAUUACAACACUACUCCAUUCUCUGUCAACCCUUUUAUCUGUCCCCUAAACCAAAACUCUAAAGACGUCAGUGCCAGGAACUCUGCGGAUAUGAUUUACUUGGACUCUCUGGCAUCGCCGUCGUCCUGUUCUAACAGUUUUACGUUUGUGAGCAAUGGGUUUAACGACAUCAGCUCAACCAACCCGAACCAGGAGGCCACUCCCAACUUCCAGAGAGAAAAUCCUUCAUUUAAGAGCAAACGUUCCCACAGUUUAUCGGAGCUGUCCGUCCUGCAGGCACAGUCUAAUCCAAUGCUACCUUCAUCUGGGUUCUUCACAGGCCUGACAGCUCCGCUACCAGAACAGUUCCAGAGCAGAGAGGACUUCAGGACUGCCUGGUUGAACCACAGGAAGCUAGCUCGGUCCUGCCAUGACCUCGACUCUUUGGGUCAGAGUCCAGGAUGGGGUCAGACCCAACCAGUGGAGACCAACAUCGUUUGUCGGCUGGACUACAACGGAGGAGUUGUUCAGCUCCCUGACACCCACAUCAGUGUACACAUUCCUGAGGGACACGUCAGUCAUGGAGACUUCCAGCAGAUCUCCAUGAAAGCCUUACUGGACCCCCCUCUAGAGCUGAACACCAACCACUGCUCCACUGUGAGUCCCGUGGUGGAGAUCAAGCUCAGCAACAUGGAGACUAAGUCGUUCCUGACCCUGGAGAUAAAAAUAUCAGUAGCAGUGAAGAAGGAGAGCUGUCACGCUGCCGAUGUGCUUUGUGUGCGCAGCGAUUGCAAAGAAGGGCCUUACACCCCAAUACCCAAUGCCUAUGUCUACAAAGACACCGUCCAGGUUCAGCUGGACAACCUGGAGCCCUGCAUGUACGUGGCGGUUGUAGUUCAGUCGCAGUACGUCAGCCACAAUACGACUGUCUGGGACCACAUGCAGAGAAAGGUCACUCUGGGUCUUUAUGGACCCAAACACAUCCACCCUUCCUUCAAGACAGUCGUAGCCAUGUUUGGGCAUGACUGUGCCCCCAAAACCUUGCUGGUGAAUGACGUAACAUGGCAGGCAGGCUCCACUCCGCCGGUGGCGCUCCAGCUAUGGGGGAAGCAUCAGUUUGUGCUGGCUUUCCCUCAGGACCUGAAGAUCGGGCUGUAUUCCAACAUGUCCAGCUACCAGGUGAAGGCGAGCGAGGGAGCCGGGAUCAUUCGGGGAUUUCAGGUAAAGCUGGGGAAGGUCAGCAGGCUGCUCUUCAUGAUCACCUCGAACAACCCCAGCGAUAUCUCCGACUUUACUCUCAGGGUCCAGGUUAAGGACGCUCUAGACUGCAUCCUGACCCAGUUCUGUGUCCAGACUCCACAGCCGCCACCGAAAACAGGAGCGAGGAUCGCAGGCCAGCGGCGGUUCCUUAAAAAGAGAGAGGUGGAUAAAAUUGUACUGUCGCCUUUAGCCGUCACGUCAAAACACCCCAAGUUUCAGGAUCGGUGCAUCACUAACCUGAAGUUUGGUAAACUGAUUAAAACGGUGAUCAGGCAGCAUAAGAACACAUAUCUGCUGGAGUACAAGAAGGGGGAUGUUAUCGCCUUACUCAGCGAGGAGAAGAUCAAACUACGGGGGCAGCUGCGUACCAAGGAGUGGUACAUUGGAUACUACCAGGGAAAGCUGGGGCUGGUUCACGCCAAGAACCUUUUAGUCCUCGGUAAGGUCAAGCCUAUAUACUGGUGCGGACCAGACCUCUCCACCACAGCGCUGUUGGAUCAGAUACUGAAGCCUUGCAAGUUUCUCACCUACAUCUACGCCACGGUGAGGACGGUUCUGAUGGAGAAUGUGGGCAGCUGGAGGGCGUUUGCAGAUGCUCUGGGAUACGGAAACCUGCCGCUGAAUUAUUUCUGUAGGACCGAACUGGACAACGAGCCGGAGAAAGUGGCGUCGGUUCUGGAGAAGCUGAAAGAGGAAUGCACUAACAUGGAGAACAAGGAUAGGAAGUCCUUCCAACGAGAACUCAUGAUGGCGUUGCUGAAGAUGGACUGCCAGGGUCUGGUUGCUAAGCUGGUCCUGGACUUUGUUUUGUUGACCACGGCGGUGGAGGUGGCGUCCAGGUGGAGGGAGCUGGCCGAGAAGCUGGCCCGAGUGUCCAGGCAGCAGAUGGAGGCUUACGAGGCUCCGCAUCGGGACAAGAACGGCGUCCUGGACAAUGAGUCUAUGUGGAAACCAGCCUAUGAUUUUCUGCUGACGUGGGCUGCCCACGAAGGGGACAGCUAUCGGGACGUGAUCCAGGAGCUCCACCAUGGUCUGGACAAAAUGAGGAACCCCAUCACCAAGCGGUGGAAACACCUGACUGGCGCGCUGAUCCUAGUAAACUGCCUCGAUACCCUCCGCAGUGCUGCAUUCUGUCCCACCGGCUACGGAGACUUUGCUGUUUGAGCAUCAACUUCCCUUUGGAAAUAAUUAAUGCUCUCUAACUGUUGAUGGAAGUUUUUCAAACCAAGUUCCAAAACUAAAAUGUGUCUAAAUAUCGAGGCAUCAUCUGAUCUGUAGGAUCUUCAGGAUAUAUGGAGGCUUUAGCUGGGAAUCUUGCUGCAUCUGUUCCUAACCCAUGUUUUCCUUCUCUUCUUUCUGCAUCUUUUUUCUACUUUUUACUGCUAUUUCCUCUGAUGUAUUUGGGUCCUUUUUAUACAUUGUAAGUUACUCCCAUCCCCGUCUGACUGUUUUUGUAGCUUUUUCUCAUAUAUUCCUUCUCUUUUACUUUCAGGAGAACAUUAGAACAGUCUGUGUGAAAUAAUUUAAACUACAAAACUUCUACAUGUUGACAUUAGCCUCCACUAUUGAAAGUUUGUCACU